CAAACAACGUCCAGAUAUCACACAGGGAAAAGUCACAUUUAUGAUCAUAGCAGCUGUUUUCUUACAGAUGUGGAUCUGAGAAGAAAUGAAUGAGUUCAGUACUUUUCUGAACUGUUACAACAUGUAUAAUAUUCGAGUUAAAAAUGGCUCACUAUUUGGCAGACUCCUCCUCUCACAGCUCUUACCAGGAAGAGGCCGACGUGUCAUCUUAUCUCCUUUCUGAAAAACUGACUCUCUUCUCUACUGAUAAAAGCAAUAAGAUUAAUCCUAGAAGAAUCAAGAGAAACUCUUUCAAAAAGGAAUUGUGUUUAGUUUAUUUCUGAACAGACAGACUGAAGAUCUUUGUGAUUCCAGUGAUUCAUUUUUCAAACGCACUUCAUCCAGAAAGUGAAAGUAAAGGUUAGAUUGUUGCAGCUCAAAGAGAAAACAAUGGCUUCACAGUCUGAAGAAGAUUAUAUCUGUCCUGUGUGCUGUGAGAUCUUCAAGACUCCUGUGUUUCUGUCAUGCAGUCACAGUGUCUGUAAAGAGUGUCUUCAUCAGUUCUGGAGAACCAAAGGAACUCAGGAGUGUCCCGUCUGCAGAAGAAGAUCUUCAAAAGAUGAUCCUCCAGUUAAUCUAGUGUUAAAAAACCUGUGCGAGUCGUUCCUGAAGGAGAGGAAUGAGGUUCGUUCAUCAGGAUCUGAGGAGAUCUGCAGUUUACACAGUGAAAAACUCAAGCUCUUCUGUCAGGAGGACAAACAGCCGGUGUGUGUAGUGUGUGUUAACUCACAGAAUCAUGACAAUCACAAAUUCAGACCCAUCGAUGAAGUGGUUUCAUCAUAUAAGGAGGAGCUCAAUACAGCACUGAAAACAUUACAAAGAAAACUGAAACACAAUGAAACAAUGAAAGGAGAGUUUGAGGAAACAGUUGAAAUUAUCAAGUCUCAAGCUGAGCACACAGAGCGUCAGAUUAAACAGCAGUUUGAGAAGCUUCAUCAGUUUCUCAGAGAUGAAGAAGAAGCUACAAUCACUGCACUGAGAGAGGAAGAGGAGCAGAAGAAGCAGAUGAUGAAGGAGAAGCUGGAGGAGAUCAACAGACACAUCUCAGCUCUUUCACACUCAAUCAGAGACACGGAGGAGAUGAUGAACACUAGUGACGUCUGCUUUCUGAAGAAGUUUCCAGUCUCGAUGGAAAGAGUCCAGAUCUCAUCACAGUCGGAUCCACAGACUCCUCCUGGAGCUCUGAUUCAUGUGCCACGAUACUUGGGAAACCUGUCCUUCAGAGUCUGGAAGAAGAUGCAGGACAUCGUCCAGAACAUGUCAGAAAGACGAUUAGUGCUGCUGGGAAGAACUGGUGCUGGGAAGAGUGCAGCUGGAAACACAAUACUUGGACAGAAAGAGUUUAAAUCUGAUCUUUGUAUGGAUUCAGUUACAAGUGAAUGUUCAGAGAGACAUGCCACAGUUUCAGGCAGAUCUGUGUCUGUAGUUGAUACUCCUGGAUUAUUUGACACACAGAUGACACAUGAGGAGAUAAUGAUGGAGAUAGCAAAAAGUGUGUAUCUAUCCAGUCCUGGACCACAUGCCUUCCUCAUUGUGUUUCCUGUGAAUAUGAGAUUCACUGAACAUGAGCAGCAGAUUCCUCAGAUCAUUGAGAUGAUGUUUGGUCAGGAGGUUUUAAAAUACUCCAUCAUUCUCUUCACUUAUGGAGAUCUGCUGAAACAAAAGAACAUAGAGGAACACAUUAAUGAGAACAUUAAAUUUAGACAUCUAGUCCAGCAGUGUGGAGGCAGAUAUCACGUCUUCAACAAUGAAGAUGAGAAUAACAGAGAGCAAAACAUUGAUCUGCUGCAGAAGAUUGACACAAUGAUAGAGCAGAAUGAUGGAUACUACAGUAAUCAGAUGUAUGAAGAUGCUCACAGAUUCAGACAAUUAGAAGAAGAGAGGAGAAAGAGAGAGGAAGAGAAGAGAAAACAAGAAGUGGAGAAAAAAAUACAAGAAGAGACUGAGAGAUUGAUGAACGAGCAAUUGCAGAGAAUGAGAGAAGAGAUGGAAGCUAAACAGAGAGAGGAAGAAGAAAGAAAACUACAAGAGGAGAAACAAAGACAAGAGGAGAAUGAGAGAUUGAUGAAGGAGCAAUUGCAGAGAAUGAGAGAAGAGAUGGAAGCUAAACAGAGAGAGGAAGAGGAGAUAAAACUACAAGAGGAGAAACAAAGACAAGAGGAGAAUGAGAGAUUGAUGAAGGAGCAAUUGCAGAGAAUGAGAGAAGAGAUGGAAGCUAAACAGAGAGAGGAAGAGGAGAUAAAACUACAAGAGGAGAAACAAAGACAAGAGGAGACUGAGAGAUUGAUGAAAGAGAACGAGCAAAAAAUCAGAGAAGAGAUGGAAGCUAAACAGAGAUCUGAACUAGAAAGAGUUAAAGUAGAAAGACAGAGGGAAGAGGAGGUGAGGAAACAACAAGAGGAGAAACAAAGACGAGAGGACAUGGAGAGAGUAAGAAAGGAGAUAGAGAAGAGAAUCAGAGUAGAGAUGGAAGUUAAAAAGAAAGAGGAAGAGCAGAGAAAACAACAAGAGGAGAAACAAAGACAAGAGGAAAGUGAGAGAUUGAUGAAAGAGAAAGAGCAGAUAAUCAGAAAAGAGAUGGAAGCUAAACAGAGAUCUGAACUAGAAAGAGUUAAAGUAGAAAGACAGAGGGAAGAGGAGGUGAGGAAACAACAAGAGGAGAAACAAAGACGAGAGGAGAUGGAGAGAGUAAGAAAGGAGAUAGAGAAGAAAGUCAGGGCAGAUUUAGAGGAACAAAUGAAAAAAGAAAAUAUGUCAAAUACAAAAAGAGACCCUGGAAUUGCAAAGUUUGUUAAGGAGUAUGAGCAAGAGUUAAAUCUUUCAGCUUCUGCAGUUAAUAAAAGUAGUCAUACUGGGUAUGGAGCAAUCAUUGGUGAUGUUAUUGGUGGUGCUGUUGGAUUAUUGGCAGGUCCUGCUGGUGCAGCCGCUGGUGCAGCCGCUGGUGCAGCUACAGGUGCAGUAAUGAAUGCUUUCAGGUAGAUGGUUGUGUCCUUAAUAUAAAACACAUAUACAUUAUGGGGAAUUAGGGCAUGCAGUGAAAAUAAUCCAUAUUUGAUUUUUUUUUUUUUAUAAUAUUUUAACUAUAAGUCUGAUUUAGUUGCUUAACAUUAUAUGAUUUAACAUGAGAUAUAUAUUAAUCAUUCAUUCUUAAUGAUAUCCUAUCCGUGAUAUAUGUAAUAAACUGGAUCCAGAUCUAAGGAUCUUAUUUGUACCACCCUAUGAACCACCCUAUUUGUGUAGCUUCAAGAGAGUAAUCAUAAAAUUGUGUUAUUUUCUGUCUAUUACUUUCUGGUUUUUGUUCAGUCAUUCAUUUGUAAUAAUUUAAUAACAUUAAUUUAAAAAUAACAUAUCAUUUAUCAUAUACGAAUGAAACUUUUAAUAAUUGUAUUAUAUUACUCAUAUGUUAAGGAGAGAAGGUCUCUGUCCUGUGAAUAAGAUGUUGCAAAGCAGUAUUUUUGAUGUAAUUAAAUGCUGGUGAUAUGAACUCCAUACAAAGCCUGAGUGAACAUUGUGACACAAAUAAGAUUACUCAAUAAACCCUGAU